CGAGUGUCCAGGUUCCUCCGCUAGCCCAGGCCGAGUCAGUGUCAGUCAGGGAGCCGGACUGCCGAACGGUGUGUGCGGACGCUCCGCUGCAGUCUCGCCCAGGGGCCGGUGCCUGCGCUCGCGCCGCCGGGUGGGAAGGAUGAAGCCGCAGCUGGAGCAGCCACCCUAUGAUUGGCUGUGGCGCUUGUGAACCCGAAGUAAAGAUGGCGGGCGGGCAGGCAGCCGCCGCACUGCCCACUUGGAAGAUGGCGGCGCGCCGCAGCCUCAGCGCCCGCGGCCGGGGGGUCCUGCAGGCGGCGGCCGGGCGGCUGCUGCCGCUGCUACUGCUGAGCUGCUGCUGCGGCGCGGGCGGCUGCGCAGCAGCGGGCGAGAACGAGGAGACGGUGAUCAUCGGCUUGCGGCUGGAGGACACGAACGACGUGUCGUUCAUGGAAGGGGGGGCGCUGCGAGUGAGCGAGCGGACCCGGGUCAAGCUGCGGGUGUACGGGCAGAACAUCAACAACGAGACGUGGUCCCGCAUCGCCUUCACCGAGCACGAGCGGCGGCGCCACAGCCCGGGCGAGCGCGGGCUGGGGGGUCCCGCGCCGCCAGAGCCGGACAGCGGCCCCCAGCGCUGCGGCAUCCGCACCUCAGAUAUCAUCAUCUUGCCCCACAUCAUUCUCAACCGCCGUACAUCGGGCAUCAUUGAGAUCGAGAUCAAACCGCUGCGCAAGAUGGAGAAGAGCAAGUCCUAUUACCUGUGCACAUCGCUCUCCACGCCAGCCCUGGGCGCCGGCGGCCCGGGGUCCGCAAGUGGCGCCGUCGGGGCCAAGGGCGGCUCCGGGGUGGCCGGGCUCCCGCCGCCCCCGUGGGCCGAGACCACCUGGAUUUAUCACGACGGCGAGGACACCAAGAUGAUAGUGGGCGAGGAGAAGAAGUUUCUGCUGCCCUUCUGGCUGCAGGUGAUCUUCAUUUCGCUGCUCCUGUGCUUGUCGGGCAUGUUCAGCGGCCUCAACCUGGGGCUGAUGGCCCUGGACCCGAUGGAGCUGCGCAUCGUGCAGAACUGCGGCACCGAGAAGGAGAAGAAUUACGCCAAGCGCAUCGAGCCCGUGCGCAGGCAGGGCAACUACCUGCUGUGCUCACUGCUGCUGGGCAACGUGCUGGUCAACACCACGCUCACGAUCCUGCUCGACGACAUCGCCGGCUCCGGCCUCGUGGCGGUGGUGGUCUCCACCAUCGGCAUCGUCAUCUUCGGGGAAAUCGUGCCCCAGGCCAUCUGCUCCCGGCACGGCCUGGCUGUAGGGGCCAACACCAUCUUCCUCACCAAGUUUUUCAUGAUGAUGACCUUCCCCGCUUCUUACCCGGUUAGCAAGCUGCUGGACUGCGUCCUGGGCCAGGAGAUAGGUACUGUCUAUAACCGGGAAAAACUGCUGGAGAUGCUCCGGGUCACCGACCCCUACAACGACCUCGUUAAGGAGGAGCUGAACAUCAUCCAAGGGGCGCUGGAGCUCCGCACCAAGACAGUGGAGGACGUGAUGACUCCGCUCCGGGACUGCUUCAUGAUCACCGGCGAAGCCAUUCUGGACUUCAACACCAUGUCGGAGAUCAUGGAGAGCGGCUACACUCGUAUUCCAGUGUUUGAGGGGGAGCGCUCCAACAUCGUGGACCUCCUCUUUGUCAAAGACUUGGCCUUCGUGGAUCCAGAUGACUGUACUCCCCUGAAAACCAUCACUAAAUUUUAUAACCACCCCUUGCACUUUGUUUUCAAUGACACCAAGUUGGACGCUAUGCUGGAAGAAUUUAAGAAAGGUAAAUCUCACCUGGCUAUUGUGCAGCGAGUAAACAAUGAGGGAGAAGGGGACCCAUUUUAUGAAGUUCUGGGAAUUGUCACAUUAGAAGAUGUGAUUGAAGAAAUCAUCAAAUCUGAGAUUCUAGAUGAAACAGAUUUAUACACUGAUAACAGAACGAAAAAGAAAGUGGCCCAUCGUGAAAGAAAGCAAGAUUUUUCCGCCUUCAAGCAGACAGACAGCGAGAUGAAGGUUAAAAUAUCACCACAGCUUCUCUUGGCCAUGCACCGUUUCCUAGCAACAGAAGUAGAAGCAUUUAGCCCAUCCCAGAUGUCAGAGAAGAUCCUUCUAAGGCUGCUAAAGCACCCCAAUGUCAUCCAGGAACUGAAGUAUGAUGAGAAGAACAAGAAAGCCCCAGAAUACUACCUCUACCAGCGAAACAAACCUGUAGACUACUUCGUUCUCAUUUUGCAGGGGAAGGUGGAAGUAGAAGCUGGGAAAGAAGGUAUGAAAUUCGAAGCCAGUGCUUUCUCCUACUAUGGUGUGAUGGCCCUCACAGCCUCUCCAGUUCCUUUGUCCCUGUCUCGUACCUUUGUUGUCAGCAGAACAGAGUUGUUAGCAGCAGGUUCUCCAGGUGAAAACAAGUCGCCGCCUCGCCCAUGUGGCUUGAAUCACUCAGACUCUCUCAGCCGAAGUGACCGGAUUGACGCGAUAACACCGACACUGGGGAGCAGCAAUAAUCAGCUCAAUUCUUCGUUCCUUCAAGUCUACAUCCCCGACUACUCCGUGCGAGCCCUUUCUGACCUUCAGUUUGUUAAGAUCUCAAGACAGCAAUACCAAAAUGCCUUGAUGGCAUCCCGGAUGGACAAAACUCCUCAGUCUUCAGACAGUGAAAACACUAAAAUUGAAUUGACUCUUACGGAGCUGCACGACGGGUUGCCAGACGAGACAGCCAACCUGCUCAAUGAACAGAACUGUGUGACACACAACAAGGCCAAUCACAGCCUGCACAGCGAAGGUGCCAUCUAGGGCGCCCCCCCACCAACCCUCGCCCCCACUCCCGAGGCCUCAGGCCAGCUGACCGUGAAUCCCAUUAGCGUGAGCUUGUGUGCCGUGCUGCGUCCUGCAACAUCCUGAGACCAAAGACUUUGUUCCCUUCCUGGAAGCAGCAGAGGAGGACGGUGAGGGUGGACUGGAGACCAGAGGUGUGAGAUCGACAGCUAGGGCAUGGCAUCCGAGAUGGUGGAGACGAGCCUCUUCCACCCAAAUAGAAUCAUGUUUAUUUUUUCAGUUGUACCUUUUAUUCCUUAUUCACUCUCCUCCUUCCUCAAUUUGCAUGAAGUUGAAAAUUGUUGCGGUUUAUUAUUUUUUUGUCCCCCAAGAGAUCAUGUUUUUAAAAAGUGUCUUUUGCAGAGUUUUACGUUGUUGUGUCUGAACUCUGCUGUGACUCCAUGAUGUGACCCGCACAGAAUGGACUUGCUCCUCGGCCCUCGUAGGGAGGGGUGUGCUUCCUCUGCACCCAGCGGGUGUCGCUGUGGAACUUGAAGGAUGAAUGAAGAAAGCGGUCGAUGCCAACCCACCACGUCUGUCCCACUGUGGGGUGGAGCCUGCACGGGGGGGCCUGCAGCCGCCUCUGUGAGCUCAGUGUUGUUUUAAGUUAAUGUUUAACCGUGUCCCUUCCCCUCAGAAAGGUUUAACAUUUGCUUGGAAUGUGAUUUUGCUCCUACUCUAAGGAAUUUUUAUCACCAAAAUGAAUGUUAAUGAAUUUUAAACCCAUGGUUUAUCAUUGGCAAGAGGCAAGGUGACUUCACCCCGACAUUCCUACAGCCUGGAUUCUCCGGCCCAGCCAGGCCUUCUCCCCAGCUUACCGAGCGCCGUCACCCACCUCCCCGUCCUCGCUCUUGUUAACCCAGGAUGCUGCUACACAGAUGCCAAAUGGAAAUCUUCCACAGGGCUUUUGAGUAAUCACGUGGUGUGGAGUUCAAGCUCCUCCCCUUCCCACCGGGACCUCUGUCAUGGUCAGAAAAGGAGUCGGCUUCCAGCCAUGCCUUGAGGGCACUUCUAGACCCGUGGGUUUAAAGGAGGGAACUUCGGGGUCUGCCAGCCCCCACCCCUGCUCCCAGGGAGCCAGCUGCCCCUCUUCCCCCUCUGUCCCUGGGCCCCUGGGGGGCCGGGCAGUGGCCGUGUCCCUCGCCUGAGGACCUCGGUGCCUCCCGCCUCAGAUGCGGCCCACAACAGAGAGGCUGCCUGUAUGGCCAGGGCUGCCUGAACGGCGUGGCCCCGAACAGGGAUUCAGAAACCAAAUGUGUGUUGCGGCCGUUUCAUGUGUGCGUCUGCCGCCUUUUAAUGCCAAAUUCAUCACGUGUAGUGAAAUUAAUGUCAGGAGGUAUUUCUUAAGUGACUGAAUUCUUACCUAUCUUAUCUGUUUUAAGUGUUACCCGAGGGAUGUGUGCAUUUUGGUGGCAACGCUCGUACACUGAGUUGAAUCCAUACUGACGGCAGUGCUCAUGUAGAGCUGCCACUCCGUGCUGCCUCUAGUCACUAGCCAAGAAGAUAGCGUUUUGUCCGCGGGGUCUCACUGAACGAAGGGAAGCCCCGGGCCAAGCGGCGGUUUCCUUCUCCCUCCUCAAGGUAGGAGCGCGCCCCCCAGGUUGGGCUCUGGGGAGGGUGGGAGCUGUGGUUGUGCAAUAACCAGCCACCUGCUGGGCUUGCCUCCUGGUGAGCGGUUUGGGGCUCUAGUGUCAUAUGCGCAUUUCCCGCAGUAUUUCCUCUGGGCGUUGGUACUGCAGUGUCUUCCUCAUCAGGUGCCAUGCCCCUCAGUGAGGCAAGUACUGGCCUCAACUGGCAGAGGUCACGGCGGCGGGGGGGGCCUGCGAAGGGGCUAAGCGGCCCGCUGCUGGCACCAAACCUACUACCACGGGAUAGAGCCCCCACUUUGUCUUAAUGUGAGUGGGGCCCUGCACUGUCAGUGUCCCCUUUUAUAAACAGACCCAUCCAAGUUAAAAGAUCUCCAUUUCUUAAGACGCAUGUGGCUAAACACAACCCCAGUGUGGUGUGGGAACUGGGACUGUCCAUGGGGUGCACAGAAAUGAGAGUUCCCUCUAAGGAAGUAAAACCUGGGUCUUGCACGGGGGGGGGGGGUGACCCCCCAACAACCAUGCCGUCCGUCCUCUGGGCCCGGACUGCGCUUGCCUUCCUGGUAGUUUGGUGGAGCCUGGCCUGCCACGCCAUGGCUCCUCUGGCUUUCAGGAUCUCUGUCCCCUCAGUCUCUGCCGACUGAUCUGCUUUGCCACACGUGGCCCGUCUCAGGGUGCCUUGCUACUGGAAGGAGCUCCUGGAAUCUGAGUUAAUGUGUUGGAUCUUUUUCAGAGCCCCACUGUUCCUCUGUGAACCCGAAAGCUCCGCGAGAGUCCGGGGAACAGAGAAGGGUUUCCAGCUGCCAGCUCCUUGACUUCAGAGAGAAACAGAACUUCUCAACACCGUCAUACCUGCUCAGUGUGGUGGCUGUUUGAAAAGUCCUCUGUAAAGUGCUGGCAGGGGUGGCUUUGCAGUGGGGGCUUCUAGAGGAUGAAAUUUUAGCCUCCCAAGUUUGCACUUAUUUUCUGUAAGCCACUCUUUACCUUUGAUUAUUCCCAUUAUUCUGUAACAACAGGGAAUCCAAAAUAAUUCCUGGCUCUAGUUCCAUCUGCUUUGGGGAAAAGCUCAAGACCCUUCCAGUAACACUCAGUGUCAUGAGCGAUCAGAUUCCUCUUCCAGGCCCCACUUUGCCUCUGGAAACUAACUUUAGGCUGUUGAAGGAGAAAUGCUGGCUCAUUGCUUCUCUGGGCAGUGGAAUGAUUUUAGCUUAGAAGUUCUAUGCAGUUACAUCUAUAAAGUCAACGAGUCUGGCAGAGAAAGCCCAUCAAAUACUUGAGAUCCCCACGUGCAGUAGUCAGUUCUUAGCACCACCAGUAGACCAUCUUUUACUGGGGCUGCUGGCUUUGUAAGCGUGGAAGAGAGUGGGCUGUGGAGCAGACACAGGUCCUGGUGUCCUCAAUGCUGCUGGAGCUCUCGUUGUCAGACCCAGGGCCUCUCCCUAGUGGCUUCCGUGGCCCCUGCUUUGGGCCCUGGCUCUGUGGGACCAGACAGGGCCUCCUCCUGCUCUGAGCCACUAUAGCAUCUCACAUGUUCCAUCUGAAACUGGAUCCCUAGUAUCCAGAUGUUCCCAAGACCGUCUGCUUUGGCUUUAUACAUGAGAGGGAUGUGUGUGUGUGUGUGUGUGUGUGUGUGUGUGUGUGUGUAUACACGCAUUUCCUACUGCCUUACACGUUCUUUCCCUUUAUUUCUCUCUGUUCCACAUUCAUCAGGCGAGUCUAAAAUUAUAUAUUUAAAUUUUCAGGAAAACAUAAUGUUAAGAUUCGCACAUGGAUACUGGGAUGCUAGUCAACUAGUUUAAGCCUUGGUUCUUACAUAAUUUACAUUUCAAAGGGCAUUCUACUUUGUCCUUCCCUCCUUCCUCACCUCACUUAACAGGAGAGAGCUCAGUGCCCAUGCUGACAUGAUUGGCUUCUCCAAGUGGGAGGAAAUAAGGCAUCUUGCUAUUAUCUGACGUUACUUUAAGGAACGUCUGUGCAAAGGCUGAAUGCAGAACUUCACACUAGUAUGGAACAUUAACUGUGAAUAUAUUUACCUGUGCUAUCCCCAGUACCAUACGACUAAAGGACCAGCUUUUCCAAGUCGAGGAAAAUAGUGGUAGAUACAAGUAGGAUUGCAUUUUAUCUAGGAAUUGAAGUUAACAGGAAUUGGGGCUAUGCGGGGACUGUGAACUUCUGCCCUCAAUUUCUCUCGGGUUGUGGAGCAGACCUAAGUAAGGCCCUGGCUGAUUGAGCCUUUGUCCUGGCUGGUCAGAAAUAAGAACAAACCCCAAUCCUGAAAACCAGCCAGGGAUCUGUGGCCCUUUUCAUCUUUCCUGGCCCAGGAGCCCAAGAUUCCUGCAGUGUUUCCCAGGGGUGCUCCCCAACAAAAGACCCCUGGGCUGGCAAAGGAAGGGUGCUUACCAAACAAGAAGCUUCCAGGGAGGAUUGGCUUGGCACACAUCACACGACCCAAGUUCUCUGGUGGCAUGGGCAGCGGGAACAACUUCCCUGUCAACUUUUGACCCCAGGACAGAGUUUUCU